UGCCUAUGACGCCCCUAUCGCGUAGUGGACGAGUCCGCGCUCCCCCUUAAUCACGUCACCGACACACCGCCGCCAUUACCUCGAUUGCGGAGCCGAUUUAUUUCCACAUCAGAAAUUGCAACACCAGUGUCAAGUAUGGAUCGGAAAAAGCGCAGCCGAAGUGACAGGAGUGGACGUUAUCCAUCUGAUGGUGACCGAGAUAAGUGGUCUCGGGAUGAGGAAUGGAGUUCCAAAGACGAUCGACAAAGUGAUGACUCGCUCAGUCCGAAACGAGAUGAUGGUCGAGAGUCUGACCGCAAAAACUAUGACUACAAAGAUGUGGACUAUCGCAGUGGUCCAGGAUACAGGAGAGAUUCGCGCAGUUCAAGGAAUGGUGGCUCAGAGGAACGUGAUGACAAUACGGAAGACUAUGGCUAUGAUGCUAAAGAUGGAAACCGAUAUCAUCCGGAUGGAGGAUACCAUGACCAGGACUACAGAGGAAGCCAUUCUGAAGAUGUGCAGCCCAGCACUGUCAUAAUCUUGCGCAACCUGCCUCUGUCUCUCACCAAGUCUGAGCUUGAAUCUGAGAUGCAGAAGGUUGGACCUCCGCUAAGGGAUGUGAGGCUGAUCCAAAACAAAGUGACAGGUCAGAGCCGAGGCUUCGCCUUCGUGGAGUUUAUACACUUGCAGGACGCUACCAGAUGGAUGGAAGCCAAUCAGCACAACUUUACCAUGCAGGGCCAGCGAGUGUCUGUGGACUACAGUCACAUGAAGCCAAAGCUCGCUGAAGACUGGAUCUGCAGCACGUGCGGCUAUCAAAACUUCAGCAGAAGAGAUCAUUGUUUGAAAUGUGGCAUUCCAAGAUCUUUGCUUGGAGAUGCGCUUCUUCCUUCUCCGUCUUCGGCGGCUCGCGAUGGAACAGAUGCAACAAUGCCCCUAACAGCGCUCAUCAUUCGCAACCUGGGUGCACAGACAACAGUGGAGGCCAUCAUUCAGGCUCUCCUGCCGUACGCCAUGCUCACGCCCACAAACAUUCGUCUCAUCAAGGACCGAAUGACCAACUACAACCGUGGAUUUGCUUUUGUUGAGCUUGGCUCUGUGCUGGAAGCCAGCCAGCUGCUGCAGAUCCUCACAACUCUACAGCCUCCCUUGAGGAUAGAUAAUAAGACAGUCAACGUAGAUUAUGCCAAGGGAAACAAAAGGGAAGUGACUACUACAUCCGUGGCAAGCCUGGCCAUUGCUGCUGCUCACUGGUCUGCCACACAGGCUCCGCACGGCUCUGACACAGCUUGGGCAACACCUGAGGCUCAGCAAGCAAAUUACGCCUUGUUCCUGAACGGGCAGCACCCCAACUACAUGCAGUAUGGGGAGGCGUACGGAGAUUACAGCCAGUACUACCAACAGGCAGCAGCCGACCCGAGCCAGAUCGUCGCAGCAGCUUUGGCGAUAAAAAAUGCUUCUGCAGCCAACGCAGUGCUUGGCACUGUCGCAGCGGGGAUUGCAGCUCAACAAUCCGCAGCAGCACAGGCAAGUGGUGCGCGCGUGGCUGCAAGCACGGCACAGGAAUCGACCUCCAGUGCGGCAGUGGCGGCAGCAUCCAUGGCACAAGCGAGCACCACCCAUGCGACUCCCGCCGUUCCCGCUCCCACAGGAACGCAGCCUUACCAGAAAUACCCUGUCCCUGAUGUGUCAACGUAUCAGUAUGACGAGUCUUCUGGCUACUACUAUGAUCCUCAGAUCGGCUUGUACUACGAUUCCAGCUCCCAGUAUUACUACAACUCGCAGACGCAAGAGUAUCUGUACUGGGAUUCGGAACGGCAGACCUACCUGCCAGCUUCGCAGCAGCAGCAGCAACAGCAGCAGCAACAACAACAACAGCUACAACUUCAACAAAGCACGGAGGAAGGGAAAGACAAAAAGGACAAGCCAAAAACGAAAACUGCACAGCAGAUUGCCAAGGACAUGGAAAAAUGGGCCAAAAGCCUCAACAAGCAAAAGGAGUUCUUCAAGAACAGCUUCCAGCCGGUUGGGGCGGGCGGCAGAGACGACGAGAGGGAGUCUGCCUCUGCGGACGCGGGCUACGCGAUGCUGGAGAAGCGGGCCACACAGAAUGACAGGCAGCUUGCUGUUUUGAAUCAGCUUCAAAAAAUUAUCGAGAAAAGAAACGAUGAAGACACAGAACCGGCGGAUUCGGAUGCAACGCUCGUGGCAUCUUACGGCGGUGGCAGCGACAGCGAGGAGGACAACUCGGCCGAGGCGCGCGAGGAGAAGCUGACGGACUGGGUGAAGCUGGCGUGCCUGCUGUGCCGCCGCAUGUUCCCCAGCAAGGAGGCUCUGCUGCGCCACCAGCAGCUCUCGGACCUACACAAGCAAAACUUGGAACAACACAGGCGAUCCAAAAUGACUGCUGCUGAAAUAGAAGAGAUGGAAAAGAAGGAACGCGAGGCAAAAUACCGGGACCGUGCAGCUGAGAGGAGAGAAAAGUACGGGAUUCCCGAACCUCCUGAGCCAAAGAAGAAGAAAGUGGUCCCAGAGCCCACGAUUGACUACGAACAACCAACCAAAGCUGGCAUCGGUGGUGACAAUAUUGGCAGCAAGAUGCUGCAGGCUAUGGGCUGGACGGAGGGCAGCGGCCUGGGCAAGAAGCAUCAAGGCAUCACGCUUCCCGUCGAGGCCAAGAAAAGAACGCAGGGCGCUGGACUCGGGGCGAGGGGCGCCACCUACGGCGCCACUGCAGCGGACACUUACAAGGAUCAAGUGCGCAGGGCCAUGAUGGCGCGCUUCAACGAGAUGGAGUAGUCGACGUACGGGCGCCUGGAGCCGUUGCCAAGGGCCUGAAUGUUUGCUCCGUUUCUUCUGUGUGGUAUUUAUCGCCAGGGAGCAUUCACGACGGGAUGCUAGAGAUCAAUAAGAUUGAAUUCCAACACUUUACGACGUUUAUCAAGACGCCGUGCAACAGCGUAUAUCGAGGGGCGCAGAACGAAACCUUGUGUGCAUGUUGUAAAAAUAACUUGAAGGGAGAAAAAAUAACACCAAAUGCCAAUGUAAGUUUCUGAAUCGGCAUUUCGAAUUUGCUUUUGCGGGGGCGUGAAAGGUUGGGGGAAUCUUGGACAAAGCGUACAGACUGCUUUUGAAAAUGUCGAUAUUGAAUGAUGCCCCUGAGCAAGUGUCGGCAUAUUCUUUUUCAUAACUUUGACUCAUGGGUGGUAUAUAAAUUAAUAUAAUACAAUCUAAAACAAUUCAGGUAAUCGGCUGAUGCGAGCAAUGUUUCGUUACCUGUUUAAAUAAAGUUACACAUUGUGGUGUUCGCAUAAUUAUUUUCCUCCAAUAAAACCUUGGUUGAAAAUGUACCAUAUUUUUUCGUCAAUUAUAGUUUAUGCAUCUGUUCUUCAUCUUGUAAAAUGUACCGUGUACAUUUUAUAUACGUUGCAUUUGUUAAAUGUUGUAUAUAUGUAAAUUACCAUUGUGUUCAUGCCGGUUAACCAUUCUCUUUCCUUUGCAUUUUCUGUAAUUUUCCUUUGCGAGUUAUGUCCAAGUCUGUUUUUGUUCAACGUAUAGAAGAUUGUGCACGUUAUUGCCAGCACUUAAGGUGGUCCGGCAAUGUGACAUUGCUUCGAACUGAUGUCUUGAAAACAAAAAUGUGUUUAUUGAGUUGAGGUGACACUGGUGUGUUUACCAAGAUGUGCUGCGUGCGUAGCAUGUCAGGCUAACCUGUUUGUAACUUAGUAGUCGGAGAUUUUUUUUUUAUUUAAAACAAUACCCACAACUGCUUUUGAUCUUUAAUCAUGUUCCUCUAGUUCUUUGUCAGAGUGCUAAUAUAAUGUCUUAGAAACUCCAAUACAACUUUUUACAUGUUCUUUUUUAGUCCUGUUAACAAAAAUGUUUGUUUUGAAUAAAUUUCAAUGUUUGAAAAAUAAA